AUGUCUCGAGUGAUUGUUUCUGCUCCGGGUAAAAUUAUCCUGCAUGGAGAACAUGCAGUUGUAUAUGGAAAGUCUGCUGUGGCUUUUAGUGUUGGAUUAAGAACCAAAAUAGAAAUUGAUGUGAGUAAAGAAGAUUCCAAAUUAAAGAUUGUUAUUCCUAAUGUAGGAAUUGAUGUAGAAUGGAGUUUACAGCAGAUCAAUGAAAUGAAAAUAGCAGAAAAUGAUGAUGAUGAUAGUAAUGUGAUCACAUUAACAAAUGAAUGGCAAAGACGUUUGAAAUUCCUUACAGAUUCAGUUGUGAUAUCUGGAAGUGAAGCUUGUCAUCUAUCCCUUCUUACCUUUCUCUUUUUAUACUUUGGUAUAUUUAAAAAAUAUAAGUGUUCUUAUCUACCACUUCAUGUUUUUAUUUCCUCACAAUUACCAAUUGGUGCAGGAUUGGGUUCAUCAGCUUCUUAUUCUGUCUGUAUAGCUGCAAGUCUUUUAGCUAUUUGUGGAAAAAUUUCUCCUACUUCAUUAACAGAUGAGCAACUUUCAUUAGUCAGUAAAUGGGCAUAUGAAGCUGAAAAAAUACUUCAUGGGAAGCCAUCUGGAGUUGAUAAUUCAAUCUGUACUUAUGGUGGAGCUUUAUUAUUUAAAAAUGGAGAAAUAUUAGAAAAACUCUCUUUAAUUCCAUCUAUUGAAGUCAUGUUAAUAAAUACUAAAGUAUCACGAAAUACUAAAGCACUAGUUGCAGUUCUGAGGAAGCAAUAUGAUAAGCAUAAAGAAGUCAUCAAUCAUGUAAUGUCUGCUAUAAAUUGCAUAAGUGAGAGUACAUGGAAAAUGUUAGAAGAAUAUAAAGACCAAACAUUUGAUGAUUUGCUAGAAAAAUUACAAGAACUGCUAACAAUAAAUCACCAUUUAUUAAAUGCUCUUGGAGUAGGUCAUCCUCAACUCAAUACUAUUGUUGAAAUAGCCACUGCAAAUAAACUUGGUGCUAAAUUGACUGGAGCAGGAGGUGGAGGCUGUGCAUUUAUUUUAUUAUCUGUUGCUAACAAUUCAAGCCAAAGGCAGAAAGAACAAAAGCAUAUCUUACAACAAAUACUUCAUGAGAAAGGAUUUGAAUGUUGGGAGGUGCUCCUUGGAUGUCCAGGUGUUUUGUUUCAUCAAUAAUUAACAACAAAAUUACUGUAUAUUUUUGAAUAAUAAAAA